GGUGGAGUAUUGGCCGGAGAGUUUGUGAAAAGUUCUGAGGCGAGCAGGAGGAAGUGGGGAUCGAGCAGUUGAGCCGCCCCGGAGGAGGCCGAGGAGCGAGUGGGGGGCGUCUCAAGUGACCCCCUGGGAAACUCCGGGUGUCCGGGACGGAGCCGAGCGCCUACAUGAAAGGAGGGACCUGGGUGGAAGUUCGCCCCUACCUGAGCCGGGAACUCCAGCUGCAGGCUCCGCAGCGCUUCCCCAGCGUGCUGGCUGGGCUGGCCGCGUCUACGCGCGACCCGCGAGGAUCCGGAUGGCCGUGAGGUGGACCUGGGCAGGCAAGAGCUGCCUGCUGCUGGCGCUUUUAACCCUGGCUUACAUCCUGGUGGAGCUCUCAGUCUCCACUUUGUAUGCCUCCCCAGGAGCCGGCCAGGCCAGGGAGCUGGGGCCAAGGCGGCUCUCAGACCUUGAGACCAGGGAAGAGGAUUUGUCUCAGCCUCUUUAUUUAAAGCCCCCUGCGGAUUCCCAUGCUCUUGGGGAAUGGGGGAGAGCAAGCAAACUCCAGCUCAGCCAGGGUGAACUGAAGCAGCAAGAAGAACUCAUUGAGAGGUAUGCCAUCAAUAUCUACGUCAGUGACAAGAUCUCCCUGCACCGCCACAUAGAGGAUAAAAGAAUGCCUGAGUGUAAAGCCAAGAAGUUCCACUACAGGUCGCUUCCCACCACCUCCGUCGUCAUCGCCUUCUAUAAUGAAGCCUGGUCCACUCUGCUUCGAACCAUUCACAGUGUUUUAGAAACUUCUCCUGCGGUGCUUUUGAAGGAGAUCAUCUUGGUCGAUGACUUGAGUGACAGAGUUUAUUUGAAGGGACAACUUGAAACUUACAUCAGCAAUCUCGAGAGAGUUCGCUUGAUUAGAACCAAUAAGAGAGAGGGCCUGGUCCGAGCCCGCCUCAUUGGGGCCACUUUCGCUACCGGGGAUGUCCUCACGUUCCUGGACUGCCACUGUGAGUGUAACACUGGUUGGUUGGAACCCCUUUUAGAAAGGAUUAGUACGGAUGAAACGGCAAUUGUAUGCCCUGUUAUUGAUACAAUCGAUUGGAAUACUUUCGAAUUCUACAUGCAGACUGGGGAGCCCAUGAUUGGUGGGUUUGACUGGCGUUUAACUUUCCAGUGGCAUUCUGUCCCCAAACAUGAAAGGGACAGGCGGACAUCAAGAAUUGACCCCAUCCGGUCACCCACCAUGGCGGGGGGACUGUUUGCUGUCAGCAAGAAGUAUUUUCAGUACCUGGGAACAUACGACACCGGGAUGGAGGUAUGGGGAGGUGAAAACCUUGAGCUGUCUUUCAGGGUUUGGCAGUGUGGUGGCAAACUGGAGAUCCACCCCUGUUCUCACGUGGGCCAUGUGUUCCCCAAGCGGGCGCCAUAUGCGCGCCCCAAUUUCCUACAGAACACUGCCAGGGCAGCCGAAGUCUGGAUGGAUGAAUACAAAGAACACUUCUAUAACCGCAACCCUCCAGCUCGGAAAGAGGCCUACGGUGAUAUUUCUGAAAGAAAGCUACUGAGGGAGCGGUUGAAAUGCAAGAGCUUCGACUGGUAUUUGAAAAACGUGUUUUCUAACUUGCACGUCCCUGAGGAUAGACCUGGCUGGCACGGAGCUAUUCGCAGUAUGGGCAUCUCUUCCGAGUGCUUAGAUUAUAAUGCGCCUGAUAAUAACCCCACAGGGGCUAACCUUUCCUUGUUUGGCUGCCACGGUCAAGGAGGCAAUCAAUUCUUUGAGUACACUUCCAACAAGGAAAUCAGAUUUAAUUCUGUGACCGAAUUAUGUGCGGAGGUCCCUGAACAAAAGAAUCAUGUAGGGAUGCAGAACUGUCCCAAAGAUGGUCUCCCCACUCCAGUAAGCAUCAUCUGGCAUUUUAAAGAAGACGGAACUAUUUUUCACCCUCACACAGGACUGUGUCUUAGUGCUUUCCGGACAGCUGAAGGCCGGCCCAGUGUACAGAUGAAAACAUGUAAUGCCCUUGAUAAAAAUCAGCUCUGGAGUUUUGAGAGAUAGAUGAGCAGGACGGCAUCUUCUUUUGGGGAGCUGACAGUAGCUUCUGGAAAGUCAAAGUGCCCAGUGAUUGCAUUUUUCCCAGAAGUCACCCAGCAGCUGGCCGAGAGAACACUGGAAAGCCACGGUUCUUCUGGGGAUAUCACUCUGAAACUGAUGCACGGAGCACCACGGCUCAGUAUCUCAAAGUGCCUUCUUUCUUCGCAGGUUGUUUUAUUUAAAAGCUCUGUCCAUGUGGUCCCCUUCUUCUCUUUAAAGAAGCUGCUGUGAAUUGAGAUGCACAAAACCCUUAACUGUGGGCUGUGGGUGUAGCCCAGCAGCGUAGGCAAGACCCUGUGUCUGAUCCACAGCACCACGAAAUACACACUUAAGUUCAAGACUUAAUACUAAAGAAUGUAAAAGUCCAAGCAAAAUGGGGUAUGAUCAUGCUGAUUGGUAAAUUCACUGCAUGUCUUUCUCUUUUUUUUAAUCAAAACUUGUGAAUGUGUAACUAGAGCUGUUACUAUUUUGAUUUUGUAGGAUUUGAAUUUCUUUUAGGCAGCACAUUAAAUUUGAGGUUUUUAAAAACUAAUUUGUCUUUGAUCAAGUAGAAGUUGGGCGAAUUUGAUCUUGAGGAAAAGGCCUGGUGUCGAUAUAUGUUUCAUUGGCAGAGGGUAUUAGUCUGCAUGCAAGUUUGGAAUUCAAGUCUGCUCAGAAACCUUGACUCAGGCCGAAAUGAAAUGGUGAGACAUUGACAUUCCGUUCUUUGUACACGUGAGCUAUUGGACUGAACUGACCUACAUAUCAAUACCUCACAUCACUCUGACUCUGUCAGCUGUCCUCUCCGUGAACUUGUUUGUGAGUAUAGGGCAUUUUCUGAUUGCACUUCCUUAAGGUUUGAAUGUACUAGAACAGGACUCAGAAUACUGCGCCUCCCUUUGUUAAUGCCUGAUCAUUUCAAGUAAACACCAUUGAGCCCUCUGAAGCUAACCCCCAGUGUGUUUACUGAAAUGUGUGAAUCUGAAAGUGGGCCCAGUUCUGCAAAGAGUGUUCAGCUCCCCAUGAGUUCUUGCCCACCUGGAAAUUGGGACGAUGUAUCUUAAGACUGUGAGGGGGGGGGGAAAGACUGUCCUGGUAGUUGGUGAUGGCUGCCUUCAAGCUCAUUGCCAACACCUGGCAGCCUGGCAGUUCUCACGGUGGGUGAACAACUGACCUCGGCUGAGUCCUUUAUCUUGCUUGGGCCUCAGUUUCCUCAUGGAUUGGUUCUUGAGGCUCCCUUUCAAUCUGAAAGAUCAGUUGUACAUCCUCCUGUCCCCUGCGCACCCACUGUGACCUCUAAGGAACACUUUUGUGUCCUUACUUUGAACAUAGGUAGUGCUGAGCAGCUGAGGAAUGUUCAGUGUUAAAGACAGAGAAGCCAGUUUUAAACUUCCGGGAGCUGAACUCACCUGAAGUGGUGUGUCUCUCUGUGGAUGUUGUUAUAGUCAGUUGUAUAGUCAUUUUAUUUUGACAGUUGUUGAACUGAUUGUGUCCUUUAAAAGUUUUAAACUUUCAAAGUAAUUCUUUGACUAAGAAUAUAAAUAUUUCCCAAACUAAAUUAUUUCAGAAGUAAAUACAUCUUAAGACACUUACUGCUUCCCUACUAACAUUUUAUUCAGAAAUCACAGAGUAAAUUUGGGAGUGAGUCUCAGCUUCCUGACUGUGCUAUAAAAAAUGUAUUGCUCCGCAGAGAACCAGUCCUCAGGAAUUCACAAGAAAAUUGUUUUCACUGUUCACUUGACAGCUUGGAUGGAGAGAGGGAACUUUGUAAACCCUGAAUUUAAGUAACUUGUUUCGGGUGACCAUUUCAAAACAUUAAAGCUCAUGUGUACGUGUGGCUGUUUCGUUCUCAUUGACUCUUGGAAUGAAAAUCUGUUACUGCUGUUCUAUAAGUUAUCCGGCAACCUUAAAGUGUGUGGAAAAUCUGUCUAGAUCCUGUGGGCAGUGCCUGACCCUGGGUUUUAUUAAAGGAAAAUAUAUAAAAGUAUCCAUUCAGAAGGAAGUUCUCCUAAAUGCACUCUGGCCUUGUCCAUGUCCUCUUGAGAACAAUUUUUUUUUUUAACUUUUUUGCAGAAUUUUUCUUUUUGUCUUUUUGUUCUUGUCGGCCCCCUAUCAUAUUAGAGAAUGACAGUGGACAUAAUCCGGAAGUGACUAUUGAAAUUACUUUUAUUUAGUACCUUGAUACCCCUAUCAAAAAAGGGAAAAACCUUUAAGACUAGAGUGUUUAAUUCUGUGUGUUUUCUUUUUUCUCUAUAUUGGUGGUUAUGACUUUCUAGGCUGGUGGCUUAUUUAUAUCCAUAAUUCAUAACAAAGGAAACUAGAGUUGUGUUUUUAUAUGUGGGCGUGUUCCAAUUUCAUUUACAAAAGUACACCAUAAUGAAACAUGCAAAAUAUUCUUUCACUUCUUAUUUCCAAUUUAUUGUUACCUGCCCAAGUUCUCUAUUUUGCUGUAGAUAGUUGGGGGUUGAUCUUUUAAGCGAAUUUACAUGCUUAAAUUAAAUGUUAUGAAAGUAUUUGAUAGGCAAGGAGUUUCCAUUUUGUCCUUAACUCACCAGUCCUGUGAAUAGAUUAUCUGCAUAAGCAGCUUAGCGGUUGUUUUCUUAUUAAAAAAUGAUAAUAUGAGGGUCAUUAGAAGGCUUUCUAUAACUUUAAAUAUUUCGUUUGUAAGGGAAAAUGUGUUUACUCAGCCAAUAGUAGGCUCUUUUGUGUACGUUGUUGAUGGUAGCAGAUUAAAAUAUUCUAGGCAAAAGUUUAGGUUGUAUACUCUUAGUUGUUUUAGUGUCUUGGUUUUAAUGAGUAAAAUUUAGAUUUGACUUGUCUUUUUGAAUUGCUAUUUUAAUAAUAGUUUUCAAUGAGCACAAAGCUGAGGUUCUGAUUUAUGUAUUUUGAGCAGUGACUCUUUUUGUUGGUGUUAUUUGUAACGUUGAUUAAGACAUACAAUAAAAUGUAUGCCUAAUUAUUUUUGUAAAUGGA